AUAUCUACGUGUUUGUUAGACCUGUAAGUUAGAAACGGUGCGUUUAAUUAAUGUUGCUUUAUUUCUUAUGGGUUGCACGACGUCACUGUCGACGUCCGAAACUGGGAAUCCGAUUGGUGGGAUUGCUAGAGCGCCUGUUCGAGUAACAUACGGGACUUCAUUUCGACAAGCUCCAUCAACUGAACUCGGUGACGAGUCGUUGCCAGCGAAAACGGUGGAAAAUGCGAACAGAACUACGAGUCGUUAUCAGAUAUUUAAGUUUAACUCUGGCGAUGAGAUACCAGUGUGUGUACAAGCCGGUGGAGGGAAGUUUUACGUCGAUCCUGACGAGGAGACUUGGAAAUCGUUUCCUCUUGCUUGGUACGGACACGGAAACUUCUUUAACUGCUCGUCGACUAGAGCCGAAGAGGUGUUUCAGUUCAAUAGAUUUCGAAAGGAGGUCGAUAGACGAUCAGAGACGAAUCGGACUAUUGAGAAACUGGAAGAGAGACUGAAGGCCAGUGAGAGUCACAGACGACGCUUGGUGAAGGAUGCUCUAGAUGUGAAGCAGAGUUUGAUUGACUCGAAGAAGUUGAAUAGUGACGACGUGACAGCGCUCAGAACGAGGGCUGACGAAAUGCUAUGUAAAGUGUGUUUUGAGAGUGAGAUGGAUGUUCUCUUGAUGCCGUGCAGACAUCUUGUUGUUUGUCAAACGUGUUCGGAGCUCCUAGAUGACUGUCCAACGUGCAGAGGCAAAAUUAAUGCUGUAGAGAGAGUGUACAGAAAUUGAGUUUGAAGUAUUGUAGCUAGAAAUACGUUUUGGUCAAAGAAUCACUUUUAGGGAGAUUUUUGUUUUGUUAACCGGUUGAUUACUAGUUUGUAUAUGCAUUGCAUUAUAGCUACUAGGGUGCCUGAAACAAAGCACAUGUGUUUAAUUAACGGCAAUCUUUCUAUUCAAGAG